GUCGAUAAGUGGGCAAUUCCCUUCGACAGUCGCCCGUGUAGAAUUGAAAAUGUGUUUAAGAAUGCAAGAAAAUCCUUUUCUCAAAUUUAAAAAUGAGAUCGUUGAAAUAUUAAAAAAUAAUUUUGAAAUUAAUGAAUAUUUUGAUUCUGAAAUAAUUUCGUCAAACGAUCGUGAUAAAGAUAUAAUGAUUUCAAGAGAAGGUAUCGAAAUUUUGAUUACGUGUAAAUACAGACCAGUUAAAAAUAUUCGAUUUUCUGAUGUUGAAAGAACUGCUGCAAUUAGCAAACUAUGCAAAGUUCAAGGUGUUAUUGUUACCAAUCUUGGAUAUA